AUGCUCCGGAAGCUUGUCAUCACCGGCGGCAUCGCAGCCGUGGCCUCGGUGGCCGCGGUGUCCGCCACGGCUUCCCCCCACAUGGACUCGAGCCCCAGUUCGCCGGCGGUCCUGAAGCACCUGGCCGAGGAAGUGGCCCGCAACAACAUGCCCGACCCGCAGGACAUCCAGGAGACCGUCCAAGAUGCAUUGGAAUCGGAAGAGGCCCAGCACAUCGCGGACUUGGCCCAGUCCGAGCUAACCAAGCAAGCUGUCGGGGCGCUGGCCAACCUGGCCCGCGAGCGCGCACCUCGCCGUGAUGAUGAUGAUGAUGAUGAUGAUGAUGAGGACGACGACGAGGACGACGAGGACAACGACGAGGACGAUGACGAGGAGGAGGAGGAGGAGGUAGUCGGGCGGGAGGCCGGUGACAACCACCGAGCCGGCCCUGGCAGCGUGAUCCGCUGCGGGACGACCGUUCCCUCGACGGCUGGCGGCGCGCGGCGGCCCCGGCGCGAGGAUGCCCGUGAAGAUGACUCCGGCUGGUUCGAUGCCGCCGGGGACUGGAUUAGCGAUGUCGGUCGCGAUGCCGGGAGCUGGAUCAGCGGGGCCAUCGACGACGCCGGGAGCUGGCUCGGCGGUGCGGCCAGCGAUGCUGGCGACUGGCUGUCGGACGCGGCCGACAGCGCCGGCGAUUGGGUGUCCGGCCGCCUUGAGGAGCGUCUCGAGCGAACCACCGAGACGGUCACCCUCACGCGCGGACGCCGCGACCAGCUCCGGAAUGGGUGGGAUUCCCAGGAGGAGCCACUGGCCGCGGCGCGCAUGGAGGCCGAUGCGCUGGUCCGGCUGAUGCGGUCUCGCCGUGAUGUCCGGAGCUCGGCGCCGCCAGAUCUGACCAAGGACGGGAGCUUGGCCGGGCAUCAGUCCUCGGACAGCCUGCCCGCUGACCCAUCGAGCGGCGAUGAUUCAAGUCCUCCCGGCCACGGGGCAGGCGACGGUGCCGUCGAUGGUUCGGCCACCGAGCCCGAAGGCUCCCAGACGAGUGACGCCCCGAGUGAUUCCGAAGGCACCGACCUUGACCCGGAGAGCGGCCAGCAAGGGGGGCUGACCGACGGGGAUGCUGAUAGCGAUGACGAUGCCGAUGGCGAUAAUGAUGGUGGUGUCCAGGUGCCGUCGGCCCCGAUCGCGGAUCUACCACCGCACGAGGACCCAGGCCGCCUGCGCGGCCGCGAGGAAGAGGAGGAGGAGGAGGAGCACCGGCGCCAUGGCGGCAACAGUCGGAAGGCCUUCAAGAAGGCCAUGAAGCACGGGGACUUCGGCGUCCUGCUGCCGUCGGUGCCGGAGCCGCCGCGUCAUCCACUGCCGCCGCCGCCGCCGCCGCCGCCGCCGCCGCCGCCGCCCCCCAAGCCGACCAGCCCGGUGGUGGUGGUGUGCCCGUGCUCCUCUUCGGGGUGCGGAUCAUGCAACCAGUCGAACCAGGGGUCCUCCGGCUCGUCUGGUGGUAACUCGCAAGGCAACUCCACCUCCAACUCCAAUUCCAACUCCAACUCCAACUCCAACGCCAACUCCAACGCCAAUGCAAACGCAAAUGCCAAUGCGAAUCCCGGCGCCUCGGCCACCGCUCCGGCCGCCGCGAACGGCUACAACUCCCAGUCGCAAUAUGUCUUUGUGACGGCCAAUCCCGCGGCCAACGGGCCGCCACCGCCGCCCCCGGUUGCCGGCCCGGCAUACCAGCAGCAUUAUCCCCCGCCGGGCGGCGGCUACCCGAUGCACAUGGCCGAGGGGAUGGCCCCAUACGCGGCCCCGAUGCCGGUGCCCGCCGGCCGGUAUUACCAGCAGCCGAUGGCCCACAGUGCGGCCCCGGGUGCCCAGUUUGCCGGACCGCCCUUCGGCGGGGCCACCAUCAUGCCCAACACCGGCGGCGGGGCUCUGUACUUCCCUCCCGGGCAUCAGCCACAGGCAAUCUUCUUCCGCAGCGACGAUCAAGCCGAUGUCGCCGAUGAGGCCCAGGUGGAGGACGCCCAGGAGGAUGGCCAAAAGAACAACCACCCGGAGCACACGCAUGAAUCGACCGACGGCCGGGCCAUGGCUCGUCGGUCGGACUCCCCCCCACGCGACGCCACCACGCCCGAUGGGGCCGCCAGGGUGCGGUCGCGCUUCCCCACCGAGCAGCUUGCCGUUGGGUAUGCCGGCUUCAAUGGUGUGCCGGAUGACCGGCUGGCGCAGCGCACCCGCAUGCGCCCGGCCGGCCGGCGGAUCAAGAUCUCCGAUGAGCAGCUCAACAUCAGCAGCUUCAAGCAGGACGACCCGAAAUCCUUCUCUCGGCGGAUGACCUUCACCGAGAUGGUGGCCGUGUGUGCGGCCUCCUGCGCGUCGGUCAUCGCCGCGGCCUUGAUGGUUCUGGUGGUGGUCACGCGUCGGCGCCGCGACACGGAGGAUCGCGAGGCGGGUGUGCCUGUGGGUGGCCGGUCGGACGCCGGGAGUUCCGGGGCCCCGGGGCCCGGUGCAGGCCGCCAACCGGACACCCGGUCGUCGUCAUUCUCGGCCUUCGCCCAUGUGACGACAACGGCACCGGCAGCGCCGGCCGCCAACAAGUCCGCCUUGAGCCUGGACGAGUCACAUGGCGAUGAUGGCAGUCACAAGUCGGACCUCGACCACGGCUACAGCAUGCUGGGUCGCGCUGACGGACGAGGUGCCAUCAGUGGCGAUGAGGAUGACAGCCCUUCGGACCAAGAGCUCACCCAGUACAUCCGCAAUGCCUCCCUGCCGGAGGCAGAUAUCCCUCCCUUCUAAGGGAAGUAGGCGUCCGAAGGGACCCCCACGGACAUGCGUCCAGAGGCAUGUCCACAUUCCCCGAGAAGAGGGAGAGGAAGGGGCCGAGUGCAGUGGGCUGUAAUGUGGCCACCACGAUCUCCGGGGAGGGCCUUUCCCAAGUGACGUGGUGUGUUGUGCAUUGUCCCCCCCCUCCCGCGCUCUCCCCUCGCCCCUCGCGCCCCCCUGAGCGCCCUGGUCAUCCAUUUGUACACCGCUUCAC